CUUUAUACGUAAAACAAAUGCCCGAGGGAAAAGGGGGCUAGCCGCUGACGGUAUAAAGCCCAAACGUGCUCUCCGUGUGACCUGUCGAGGCCUGCUUCUGGCCGUUGAACGAGCAAACGCUUAUCCCGUCUAGGUGUACCAAGAAACUGCUACGUCGGGCGGACAAAGGAACACACACGCGCACACCCCCUCGUCUCGUCCAGCCGUGCCGUAGAUAAGACCUAGCUUUCUUCCCGAGCCACAUCUUCUCUUCUUCUUCCGGACACACAGCAAGCGGACGAGACAAGAUUCGAACGCACACGCACACACAUGCACCAAACACACUCGCCAACACUCUCACACCCGCAUACCAAGACACAAAACACCAUGCCUAUGCCGACCCUCCGCACCGAGCAGAGGUACCUGGCUGACCAGGGCCGCCUGGCCGGCCAGACGGCCCUCGCCGCCGCCCGGGAGCGCAACGCCGAGGGCGCCAACGGCCGCCUCGACAUUUCCGAGGGCACCGCCGCCAUACACCCCAACACGGGCAUCCGCAAGGCCCACUCGGUCGGGUGCACCCAGUCCAUGGAGCACAGCUCUGGCAUGUGGUACGACGGCCGCGAGCUGGGCUCGGGCACGCUCGAGAAGGUCGACUUCGAGCCCGUCCAGAGCCCCUGCGGCGCCGUCAGGCCCGACGGCGCCCUGUUCAUGUGCUACUAUGACGGCGAGCUAUACGCCGACUCGGAGGCCUGCUACUCGGACGAGGACGAGGACGUCUACGGUGACGAUGAUGAUGAUGAGGAUGACGACGGGACCGACGGCGCCGCGACCAACGACGACGACGACGACGACGAGGAUGCCGACAGCGAGAGCCCAGACGACAUGCUCUACAUGCGCUACUGCUCCGACUCCAAGCAGGCCCCGGCCGUGGUCGAGCACGAGCUCGACAUGGACAAGCUCUCGUUCGGGCAGUGCAAGCACAUGAGCUCGCCCGUCGACCCCCACGACCUCCAUGGCAGGCUGAUGCUCGUGCAGGGGCAGGACUUCUCUUCCUAGAGUGAAGUCCUUCCUUCAUUCCUCGCGCUUUUGCUGUCAUCUCCUCAAUGAUGAAAGCCAAGCAAUGUCCAGAUUCCAGGUCCUUGUGGGGACUAGUCUGGAAGCGGGCUAGGUGCCCAGCGGUUCGCUUUGCUCAGCCCCCUUGGCGAUCCAGCCCCGCUUCCUCGGCGGAAUCUGGCGGCGUGUGCCCAGCUGCCACCGCCAGUCCAGCCAGGGGUGGCCCCUCCUCCGGCAGCCGCUCUCCAGAGACGAAGGCUUGCGUCGUCGUGCAGCUCAGGGGUGUUCCGCGAGGGGUCCUCCUUGAAGUCCACAAGCGCGGUCUGCGCUCGAGGACACGGAUGACGAGGGGGUCUUGGGGGGGCGCGGCACAAUCACCCUACGUCCACAGCCGCUCCAGAGCCCCUGUCAGGCACAUGCCCAAGCCAGACAAUGGACCACCACUGCUCUUGUCUAGCCUCUCCAUGUGGAGGCGGACGUCAUAAUCACUUGCCCCUCGUGUUGACGGGUGGCCGUCGGGACUCGUCCGCGGCCUCGAGCACCUCGUCACCCAUCUCACAUUGGGCCUCCGUCGCGCCCCGUUGCCGACGCUGGUGUGACUGGAGUACUGCCACUCACCCCCAUUCGCACUGCCGCUGGCUGCCGUUGCGGAGAUGGUGGUGCCGGCGGCGGCCAAGCCCCAGCAGACCUCUUGCUGUUGCUGCCCUGUGGUCCAGCAGCUCAAGGCAUGGCCGCCUUGGGUGGCGCAGAAGACGCACCUGGUGGUUCAUAAAUGCCCACCACAGGACGUUGCCUUGUCGGCAAGUCUCCCACCGGCAGGUGGGCAGUCCUCCUGCGUGGUAUCCGCAUCUAGGAUACUGUAUCAACCAUGUGUGCUGUUUUUGUUCUUAAUAGUGCUGUUGCUGCUGUUGUUGUUUAGUUGGCGCAAGUUCGUAGGCACACGGUAGAUGUGCUGCGAUGCUUUACUUUGUACAAAGAUCAAUCUCUACACAUGGGACGGAAUACAAAAAAAAAACCCUAAUCCAGUUGGAAUCCUGUCAACCCAUGUUAUGAUCUAAUGUAGGUUGUGUUUAAAAUGGAUACCAGACGAGGAAGACUAACUACCCUUGACACUUGCUUCGACUUUUGCUACAUUAUAUGGGGAUCAACUGCUGUCAUGCCCCGUGAUCGGCCGUUUGAGCAGCCUGGUCCUUCCGCACAUCUCUCCUUUGGCCAAGCGCCCACCAACAACAAAUGGAUACUACCAUGUCGGCCGCUGGAACUAUGGGACACAGGCAGUAGUGGCGAUUUUAGCUCGCGAUGGGGAACUAUUGCAAAGUACAAGUGUAUGUCGUAGACCGACUACCUGGAGCUCAACUUCAGUGUCACUCCUAGUCGAAGCUACCGGGGCUGGGCGCUGCAGAGGCUGGCGAAAGUCUC